AGCACGAGGUUUCCUUCUCUACAGCGAGGCACCGACAGCAACAGGUUGUCAUUUUGAAUUAUGGUUUGGUUGGCCUGAGCUGUCGAUACAGACUUUCCUCCUGCUGCAACAUACUGGAUCCAAUUGCACUUUCCAUGAAAUACACUCCAGUCCAGCUCCUUUGCCAUGGAGGCUACGGCCAAGUUCGACUACAAAGCUGAAGCUGGUGAUGACCUGAGCUUCGGAAAAGGAGAGCAGUUGAAGAUUCUGCAGACCUCUGGAAACUGGUACAAAGCAGAACUGAAUGGAUGUGAGGGGUUUGUACCCAAAAACUUCAUCACCAUACAUCUGCCCAGCUGGUACGAGGAGGACUCCAGUCGCAGUGAUGCCCAGGAGAAGCUGCUGCAGCAGCCUACUGGGGCCUUCAUCAUACGGGGGAGCCAGAAUUCAGCUCAGGGCCGCUUUGCCAUCUCCGUCAGACAAGAGGCAGAUGUGCAGCACUUCAAGGUGCUGCGGGACAGCAGGGGGCAGUAUUACCUCUGGUCAGAAAAGUUCCCCUCUCUCAACCAGAUGGUGGAGUAUUACAAGAACAACUCCAUCUCCAAACACAGUCAGGUGUUCCUACAAGAGAUGAAACAACAGCCUGUAGGAGACCUACUCACGGGACCUAACCAGCGCCGAGGACCUCUCCCUGCUCCUCCACUCUCCAGCUCCCCGCCUACACCUGAACCUCGAACACGACAGGUCAGAGCUCUGUACUGCUUCAACGCUGAAGAGACGGACGAGCUGCAGUUCAACGCCGGCGACGUCAUCACGGUCCUGGAGAACUCUGACGAGGCCUGGUGGAGAGGUCAGCUUAGAGGCAAAACAGGCCUGUUCCCAUCCAACUUCACCAAACCCAUCUGAGAGCAACACAAACACAAAUAUGUCACGUUGUAGUCACGUUGUUAUCCAAACAUAUGUCUAAUGCUAAUUGCAUGGCCAUGUACUGUAGUUACAUGUUUCAGUAAUGAUAAACAAAAACAUAUUUAUUUAUAAAUGGUUACAAUAUAUGGUUUUAAUAAAAACAGUGAUGAGCUUUUCA